UCCUUCAGGGUUCUAAUAGUUGUCUUUGUGUCUGAUGUAGAGCUGACCCAUCACUUCCUUCAGGGUUCUAAUAGUUGUCUUUGUGUCUGAUGUAGAGCUGAACCAUCACUUCCUUCAGGGUUCUAAUAGUUGUCUUUGUGUCUGAUGUAGAGCUGAACCAUCACUUCAGGGUUCUAAUAGUUGUCUUUGUGUCUGAUGUAGAGCUGACCCAUCACUUCCUUCAGGGUUCUAAUAGUUGUCUUUGUGUCUGAUGUAGAGCUGACCAAUGAAUUCCUGCAGAUUCUGGAGAAGACGCCCAGCAGGCUGAAAAGGAUACGUAACUGGAGGGUAGGUUCUGCUCUCACAACUGGUGCCACACAAGCUGCCAAGAAGCCCAAGAUGGACAGUCAAACGGGCGACACCUCCUUCCAAGGGACCUCCUCAUUGGACGGCAUCACCGGUGUGGCCGGCAGCAACUCAUUCUUCUCUUCGUCUCUGUCAGACUCUGGGGAGAUGGCUUCACUAGACGACAUGUCUAUCCCGUUCCCUCCCUACCAGGCCCUGUCUGGGGACCACGCUGAGCUGCUGGGGCUGGACCAGGGCCUUGCCUUUCUUCCUCAAGCCAUCCCUUCAAAGUACCCAUCAGGCAAACACGAACACAAAACGGCCAGUGCAGGCAAGCACCCACAGGCCCUACCCAAUAACCCCUCGCCCUUCACCCGCCCCCCACAGAAACUCUCCCUGGAUAAGUACAGAGAGAAACAGGCAGCAGACCUGCAGACCAUGCAGAACGGUGUCCGAGAGGAGCAGAGCGGUGUGGACAUGUACCAGUCCCCCGCCCUCCCUCACCACCAGUCUCAUAAAAGACGCUCCCAGCCUGGGCAGGGUGUCUCCCAGCACGGGGACAGCAGGAGGGACAAGGUCAGCUCUAAAAAGACACGAGGUCUCCCACCACAGGCCUCGGCGGUUGAGAACGGCGUUGCGGCCAGCAACGAGGAGCUAAAGAUGAGAAUCAAAGUAUCAGCUGAGAGGGACCAGGGCGGCCAUGUUGGUGUCCCACAGGGCAAAGAGAAGUACAAAGACCACUCUGGCCCCAGCAGACACCCCAAGCACGGCCACUCGCACCCCUAUUCCCUCAGCGGGAACGGCCGAGGGGCCAUCGACCCCGCCCUGGCACUCAGAGUCCUCGGGGGCCAUGGUAGCGACCUAGGGGGCUCCAGUUCCUCCUCCAGGAAACGGGCCAACCCUGAUGUCAGUAGUCAUAACAACCACCACCACUCUGCUAAGAGCAGCAGGAGUUCCAAAGGGGCCGGAGGCUCCUCCCACUACUCUUCGGACGGUGGUGGUGGUCCGAGGACUGUGGAGAGACACCACGGUGGCCCGGAGGGGUCAAAUGGAGUGCUGGGGUCUAACGGCCAACACACCGACUACAAAGACACUUUUGACAUGCUGGACUCUCUGCUUAGUGCCCAGGGAAUGAACCUGUAAAUUCAGACAGUUAGUCGUUUAGCCUGGGUGCAGGCUGUUUGGCUCUCUUGCCAACUCCGUCCAAAUAUGUUUGGCUUGACAUUUGAGUUGGCAAGACUGGACAAACAAAUCUGGAUAGUAGGCUUGGCAGGAGUUAUUGGAUAGAGAUAAAAUAAUUCUGGAAAAAAAAGUUUUUUUAUAGUUUAAAAACAAGUAAAACAUGAUUUUAUAACUUUGAAGUUAUGUGAAAGUAACUUCGUCACCCACCCAGUAAGUCAGUCCUGUCCACACACGGUAAUACUGAUGCUUUAAGGCUCUUCAGAAAUGUCCACAACAUGAUAUAUACACAGUGCUGUAAUGCUACUUGUCUGCUUGCUAAAAACCCCGGGAGCCACGUUCACUGGUUCUGUGAUUGACAAAAUUCCAGAUUUUAAUUCUGUUCUUUUAAAGAGAAGUCUGUGUUUUUAUGAGUUAUUAAUGAUGUGCAUGUUUCAAUCACAUAAGGGAAGAUAGCAGCCUGGUGGCGGUUCAGUGUCCACGUAAAAGCCUGUACGUUUUUGUAUGUUAAGAAACAACCUUAUUCCUUGAAAUACUCAGGUCUUGAAUCUUUUUUUGAUAUAAAGAAGGAAAUAAAUCUUCCUCUCUUGGCGUAAUACCUGUAUCUGUAGAGAUGUAUAACUUCUGUCAUGUUGUUGGUUGAAGGCUGCAGAAGUACAGCAUCUAUCUUACCGUAGAGGCUGUUUCAGUGUGCUUGUCUUCUAAUGGGAGGACACGCAAUCCAACUCAUCACACAUGGCUAGUCAGAGGACAUACAAAGGCCCUUUCCCAGAUCAACACCUCAUAGACCCUAUGUGUGUAUCCAAAAUGGCACCCUAUUCCCUAUGUAGGGCACUACUUUUUGACCAGGGCCCGCAAAGUUCCCAGCUGGGAAAAACACUGGGUCCUGAUCAAAAGUAGUGUACUACAUAGGGUAUAGUGUGCCGUUUUGAGAGAGACACCCUUUAUGCGCUUGUGGGAUCUCAAGUGCUUAGGGUCUAGGGGUCGAUUGGGGACCGGACCAUAUGCUGUCUACUGUCCAACUAAGUGGAUGCCAAAGGCUGUGCCUCUAAAACGUACGGCAGAUUAUUCUAGAGCUAUAAAAGAAGUUUACGUUAUAUCUGCUGUGAAGAAGUGCAUUUAAAAAGAGAUCUCGGCAUAUUUACAACAAGCCUUGUGAUUGUAACAAGUCGUCAUCAAGUUGCUAUUCUUCAAUAUUGAUAAAUGUCUAAUUAACCAACCGCCAUCCUAUGAAAAGAUCUCUAGAGGUGAUUGUAUAUAGGACUGCAGUUCUGAGUUAUAACUAGCUAGUCGGUUGACUUGUUACACCCUCAGACCACACAUUCUAUUCUGCCAUAACAGUGUAUUAGGAGGUCCUAACGUGGACACUAUUGAACAAAUCCUUAAUAUGUGUACUGGGAACCCAAAUAAACGUAAAACUGUCGUUUUUACACACAAA